GCCGCACGCGUCGUCAGUACAGUUCGUAGUAACCGCGCCGCGCUGUAUUCUGCUAAAAUUAGGACUCGCGCGCACCCGAUAUUCAGCAUAAUGACAUCACAAGUGAACGAGUGGUACCGAGAUCGGAAGGUCUUAGUGACCGGAGCGUCUGGUCUCAUGGGGAAAGUUCUGAUCGAGAAGCUUCUCUACAGCGUGCCAGACGUCGGCUGCGUCUACGCACUCGUGCGCUCCAAGCGCGGCAAAUCACCGGAGUCACGCAUCGAAGACAUGUGGAAACUGCCUCUGUUCUCAAGAAUAAGGGAAGAGAAACCACACGUUAUGAAGAAAUUGGUUCCGGUCAUUGGCGAUAUUUGCUACGAUAACCUCGGCAUUGAUGAGAAGGUGCUCGAAAAACUUAAUGAAGAGGUAUCAGUAGUAUUUCACUUCGCUGCUAGUCUUCGUCUUGAAGCACCUCUCCAAGAGGGAAUUGAGAUGAACACGAAAGGAACCCUCCGGGUGUUGAAGAUCGCCAAAAAGAUGAAGAACUUGGUCGCCUUCGUUCAUCUUUCGACUGCCUUUUGCUACCCGGACUACGAUCGACUAGCUGAGAGGGUCCACGACCCCCCCGCGCCGCCUCACGAAGUUAUCCGUGCUGCCACCUGGUUAUCUGACAAACAACUGGAACUGUUAGCUCCAAGCAUCAUGGGUAAACAUCCCAACUCCUACACGUACUCCAAGCGUUUAGCUGAAGCCCUUGUAAGGGAUCAUUACCCUGAAUUGCCCGUGGCAGUCGUGCGGCCCAGCAUAGUAACUCCGUCAUACAAGGAGCCAGUACCUGGGUGGGUGGACAACCUGAACGGGCCAAUAGGGUUGAUGGUGGGCGCUGGCAAGGGCGUGAUCCGGUCUAUGCACUGCUACGGACACUAUCACGCCGAGGUCAUUCCGGUGGACAUUGCCAUUAAUUCUAUUAUUGUCAUUGGAUAUAGCCUUGGCACUAUGACUGAGAGGCCUCCAGAGAUCCCGGUCUACAAUCUAACAACCGGCGACGAUAGGAACACAACGUGGAAAGAAGUUCUCGAUGUUGGCAAAGCGACCGUCCGAAAGUACCCAUUCGAAGGCCCCCUGUGGUACCCUGAUGGGAACAUACGACAUAACAAGUUCAUACAUGACUUGUGCGUCUUCUUCUAUCACAUCGUGCCGGCUUAUUUCAUUGAUUUCCUCAUGCUGUUGUUUAGGCAAAAGAGAUUUAUGGUCCGCAUCCAAAACAGAAUAACAGUAGGUCUAGAAGUUCUCCAAUACUUUACGACUCGCGAGUGGUGGUUCGACACGCACAACUUCAAGGCGUUGGCAACCAAAUUAAACCAUGUGGAUACAGAGAAAUUCCCCAUGGACUUGACUAUCAUUGAAACGGAGCCUUAUAUUGAAUGCUGCAUGAUCGGCGGAAAGAUUUACUGCAUGAAGGAAAAGAUGGAGAACUUACCUAAAGCCAGACUGCAGAAUAACAUUUUGGGUGUCCUAGACAAGCUAGUGUCUGUGUUCUUCUACCUCUUCUUAAUUUCCCUGGUCGUGUCCUACUGCGAGCCGGCUAGGACGCUGCUGUCCUAUGGUGGAACUGCGGUUCGGUAUCUGCCUCUUGUGGGCAAAGCCGUUUUUAAAGAUGACUUGUAACAUAUAUGUUAAUUCUAACCUUUUUUAAAAAAAAACCGACCUCACAAGUU